AUGCGCAGCCUGGGCUGGGAGGCGGCGGGUGCGGGCGGCUCCGCGGCUGCGCGGGCUGCAGGCGCGGGGCGGACGCGUGCUCGCGGCGACGCCGUCCCGGCCCGCGCCCGCGGCGCCCCCGCUGCGGCCCGAGCGGCCUGGCUGCGGGAUCGGAGCGCAGCGAUGGCGCGGUCGCGCCGGUCCUGGGCGCAGCUGCUGUUGCUCCUGCUGGCCGGGCCGGCCGCCUGUGCAGCCAGCCCGGCGGACGAUGGCGCGGGCCCAGGGGGCCGGGGACCCCGGGGCCGCGCGCGGGGGGACUCGGGCGGCGACGAGGCCGUGCCGCGCCACGACUCCUCCUAUGGCACCUUCGCCGGGGAGUUCUACGACCUGCGCUACCUGUCCGAGGAGGGUUACCCUUUCCCAACUGCUCCUCCUGUGGAUCCAUUUGCCAAAAUCAAAGUGGAUGACUGUGGAAAGACUAAGGGCUGCUUUAGAUAUGGCAAACCCGGCUGUAAUGCAGAGACCUGCGACUACUUCCUUAGCUACCGGAUGAUAGGGGCUGAUGUGGAAUUUGAGCUGAGUGCAGACACCGAUGGCUGGGUAGCAGUUGGAUUCUCUUCAGACAAGAAAAUGGGUGGCGACGAUGUCAUGGCCUGUGUCCACGAUGACAAUGGCAGGGUCCGCAUACAGCACUUCUAUAAUGUAGGCCAGUGGGCAAAGGAGAUUCAGAGAAACCCUGCCAGAGAUGAAGAAGGAGUUUUUGAGAACAAUCGGGUCACCUGCAGAUUUAAACGGCCUGUAAACGUUCCCAGAGAUGAAACGAUUGUCGAUCUGCAUUUGAGUUGGUAUUACCUGUUUGCUUGGGGUCCAGCCAUUCAGGGCUCUAUCACCCGACAUGAUAUAGACUCACCACCGACUUCAGAGCGUGUUGUCAGUAUUUACAAGUACGAGGACAUUUUUAUGCCAUCGGCUGCCUAUCAGACCUUCUCCUCUCCUUUCUGUCUGCUUCUAAUUGUUGCUCUGACCUUCUACUUAUUGAUGGGAACCCCUUAACCACAGUGGCAGAGCCAACAGAGUCAAUGCAUUAGAAAGCCUUUAGUAUAUUUUUAAAGAAAUAUUCAGUAUUAUUUUAGCUUCUAUUAUGUUAAAAAACAAAAACAAGACACAGAUGAUUCAGCUUUUGGAAAAAAAGAGCAAGCUUCUUUUCUAAUUGAAGAGUGUUGUUUAAUAAUGACCCACAUUUUUUAGAAAGUACUUGAAACUUUUCUAAGCACUCAUUUUCAAAUAUGUUUUCUUACUUGAGCUUUACAACAUGUCUGAGUUAGCUUGACAAAAAUGAUUAUUGCUAUCAUUAUUGCACUGAUUGGAAUUUGAGACCCAAGAAGACACUCUUUUUGUGACUCUUUUGCCAGGUAGCCUUGGCUGCUCACAGUCAUAUAACACAUAGCGAAGCAGAGAAAGCCAGGCUUAGAAACUGUGUCUCUAAACAACCUUCACUCUUCCAACUACAGUUCAAGAGAGUUAUUUGGAGUAAUGCUAAAGAGAACUUCGCUGGACGGCCCAAUUCACAGUCAGCCUUCUAGGCAGAAGAACUUUCAGAUUUCCACAGAGCAUGAAGGUCUUUAGAUAUUUAUACAGCUCAUGAGGAGAAUGAUGGAGGAACCCAAAUGUUGCUUUACUCCAGCUGUCUGAGUUAACAGCCCAUUUAGAGGGAAAGCGUCUAUGGGUGUAUGCUGCUGAGGCAUUCCCAUUGUAGAGUUCUGGAGUCUUCUGGCUCCCCGCCACACCCCACCCCAUUGCUUUAAAGCUGUCUCCAACUUUGUGGGUUUUGUGGUUAAACAACACUGGAGACUGUGAUUUCUAAUGCCAUCCUUGGAAUCCAUGUCGGAGGUGAAAGGCCACUUCCCCUGUGGAAAAGGCUUUCACAUGCUUCUGGAACUGAACAAAAAUGAGGAAAGCAUCCCGGUUCUGUGACUUUGCACAGUUUACCACGUGCAUCCAAGGGAUGCAGGAGAAAUGAUCCUCAUUGCAGAUGGAGAGAGGUCCAGUGUCAUUGAACAAUGGCUUCAAACUCAAGUCAUCUGACUGAAGUCCCAGGCUCCACCUGACUGCAGUGGCCUCAUUACGAAGCCCACCAGCCCCGGCUGAGGAUGGCCUGUAUGUCACCUUCUAAGGUGGUUGUGUAGUGGUUGUGUAGCCGUGAGGACACUGAGUGGCAACACCCACGUUGUAAAUAAGAAAGCAAAUAUUUUUAUAUUUCACCCCCUCGUGUAUAAUAGUUCCUCUAUAAAUAGGUUAAAACUAAAUUGAGACUCAAGCUAGUCUCUGUAGCAGGCAGGGAAAGAAUAAAUUAAGGGAUUUUCCCUCUGCUUACUUUCAAGUCAGGCUAAUUGUUUCAUGAACUGUUUUUCCUUGGAUUACCAGUCUUGCAUAUUUGUGCUUUGAACUUUCAACGAUCUCUCAUUUCCAUUAGCGUAACAUGAGGACCACUUUGAUUACCUGCACUGCCAUCUUUUGUCACCACCCCUCACCUUGCUGGGUCCCAGCAAGACUGAAUUGCUCCCAGUUCUUCAGACCUAAUUUCUCGCUUCUCUUGACAUUCCUGUGCCCAGACAUUCUCCACUGCCUAGGCGUGCUGAACUCCUAUGCAUCUUUCAGGUCACAGCGUUAAGUGUUUCUUCCUCCAAUCCCCUGGACUAAGUGGGUUCAGGCCCCUGCCAAAUGCUCUCAUAGCACACUCAGCUUCCCCGUCAUUUUACUCAUCACACUUUCCUGUAAUUGCUGGCUUGUCCUCCCUGCUAACUCCCUAAUGGAGGGACACAGCUUGUUAUUCAUCAUUGUAACAGACACUCCUACAUAGUAGGUACUCGGCAAACAUUUGUUGAAUGAAUACAUAAAUGAAACUACUUCGUGGCAAGUUUGGUUCACAAAGCUUGUAUUUCACAUAUAUUGCCAGACUGGCCAACAUUUUUAUGUUCUUCCUGGGGUCAUUCUCUUAGCAAACACUGAGCUUUUGUCUUUUGAAACAUAAAUAGAAAGAUCUUUCAUAACAAUGCUGUUUUGCCCUGUAAAACAGAGUUUGACAUUUUUAACAAUAAUCAUUGUUCAGAAAUGAGAAUUUAUAGACCAGGAAUGCAAAACUGAAUUUCACCAUCAUCUCAGAGAAUCAUCAGUUUAUGGACAUACUAAAGUUAAAAUUCUGUAGACUCAAAUUUCAUUAAUUCUUACCUAGCAUAGGAGAAUCAACUUCUAUUUUAUCUCUGUGGUCCUUUUUCUAACAUUGUACUUGUUACAGGGGAGAUACCCAACCAGUGUAUUUUUGUAAAUGCCCAGGUAGAAUAAUAAUAUUUGCUAAAUUUAUUUAGUGCUGUUCUAAGCACUUUACAUGGAUUAACUCAUUUAAUCCUCACAACAACCAGAGGAAAUAGAUUCUGUUUUUAGUCCAAUUUUACAGGUGAAAAAACUGAGGCUAGGCAUUUGGCAUGAAUUACCAGUGCUGGCUUCCAAGGUGGCGCUAGUGGUAAAGAACCUGCCAACCAGUGCUGAAGACGUGAGAAAGGCAGGUUCAGUCCCUGGGUUAAGGAAGAUGCCCUGGAGGAGGGCAUGGCAACCCACUCCAACAUUCUUGCCUGGAGAAUCCCCACGGACAGAGGAGCCUGGCGGGCUACAGUCCAUAAGGUUGCAAAGAGUCAUACAUGACUGAAACGACUGAACAUGUACCAGUGUUGGCAAGGACUUGAGACACCAUUUUAUCCAAUACACUUACUUUAAAAAGGCACAUGCACACCCACUCUCCACACCCAAAUUAGCCAAGUGCUUUUUUCCCCUGGGUUAGGAAGAUCUCCUGGAGAAGGAAAUGGCAACCCACUCCAGUAUUCUUGCCUGGAAAAUCCCAUGGAUGGAGGAGCCUGGUAGGCUGCAGUCCAUGGGGUUGCGAAGAGUCAGACAUGACUGAGUGACUUCACUUUCACUUUUUUUUCCCCAUUAAGCAAUUUACAAUGAAUAGGAGGACUUUUUAUAGUUAGAUUUAGGGAAAGGGGUACAUUUUACUUUCUAUCUUUUUCUUUUCUUAAAAUAUUUUGAAAAAGAAAAAAUAAAGCAUUUUGAUUAUUUUGCCAUUUUAGUGCUUUUUAUAUUAUUUAAAAAUAAUACACAGAUUGGAAAAGAUUAGAAUGUAUUUGUCUUAAAAGCGACUUACCUAAAACCUGGGUCUUCCAACUUAGGGCCUAGUGCCCUUUUCUUGCUUCACUGUAGUCUCAAAGAUGAAUUUGCCAACAUGAUUUCAGACAAAAUGCAGGGGCCAUAUUUCAUUAUCUUUAGUUGGCUUCUGUCCUUAAGGAAAUUGGACAGUUUGGACAACUCAGGGAUAGAUUGCAUCCCACAGAGUUUUUUACUACUGUUCCUGUGAUUAAGUUUACAGUCUAUAUUCAGGAUUUUGUGCUUAAGAGCUAUUAACCCUGAGGCUGUCAUUCUUAGUUCUGGCCUGAGGGUCAGCAAAGAUUUUCUGUAAAGGUCCAGAUGAUAAAUAUUUUAGGCUUUAAAGUCUCUCAGCUGUUCAGCUCUGUCACAGACAAUACAUAAGCCAAUGAGCAUGGCAGUGUUCCAGUAAAACUUCACUGACACAAAUUCAAAUUUUAUAUAACUUUUACAUGUCACCCACAUUUUUCUUUAGAUUAAAAAAAAAAUUUAAUGUAAGAACCAUUUUAGCUUGCAGGCCAUACAAAAAUAGGCAGCAGGUUGGCCUGUGGACUGCAGUUUUCCUACUCUUGCUCUCAGCUAAAUGACCCAGGUAUCAUGAUCAAUUGCAUAGGAUACUGCCAGUAAUGUAAGUUGUUACUGGUUUAACUGUAAAAAUAUCGAUGUUAGUGAGUAAUUUGUAAAAUAAAUUAGAAUUGAUGGAUUGUUAUCUUGAUAAUGCAUUCCCAUUAGAACCUGCAUUCUAAUAUAUUUUCCAGAGUUGAUGUGAGAGAGAGAGCCGGUAAAGUCAGAGCUGGGUGAACAGCAGUUUUAUUUUAUCUAGGUGGAGGCAAUUGUGAAUGGCUUUUACUGUGCCAUUGCUCUUCAUGGUGGGAUUAUAGUUGACCCUUAAAGAUCACAAAGGCUUAGGGAUACUGAUACUGUCCUUUAGUGGAAAAUCCACCUAUAAUUUAGAGUAAGCCCUCCAAAAUAUGUAGUUCCCACGUCUGAGGCUCCUCCUAUCCGUAGUCCCACAUCCAAGGAUGCAACCAGCCUCACUGCGUGUAGCACUGUAAUAUUUACUAUUGAAAAAGAUCCAUAUUUAAGUGGACCUGUUCAAACUAGUUCAAACUUGUGUUGUUCAAGGGUCAGCUGUACAGUGUUUCAGACUAAUGUAUUUUCCUCUAGACAAUUUUUAAGUAUUACCUAAAUCUAUUACAUUCAUGGGAUGGGAGUGUUUUACACAUGUGACUAUGGCAUCACCUUCUGUAUCAUAAUGGAAGUAUGUUUGAGAACCACACAAUAGUCCAAAUGCUGAGAUGGGAAUACUUUACUGUAUAGAAUUGCUCUGUUCUCUAAACAGAAUUGGUUAUGUUUAGUGAACAGUUUGAUUAUUCUCAGUGUGUUUGUAUAUACAUUUGUGCAUAUGUGAUGAGCACUGUGUUUAUACAUAAAUGCCAAUAUAUAUAUACCAUUUGAAAGUCUUUGUCAGGAUUGUGUCUGUUUCUGAUCUCUUAAAUACUUUAAAACUCAAGAGGUAAAACAUUGUGUGUAUUAUAGGCAAAACUACCCUUGAGUUUACGGUAGUUUAGUUUGUAGAAAGGAUUCCUGGGUCCUUUAUUAAACUUUGCCUCCUCCACUCAACAUUCUAUGACUUGUUAAGAAUGUAUAAAGUAUCAUUGUUGAGUUUGACUUUUCUAUACGUUAGUUAAGAAACUAAGACUAGUGUGAACUGAGUAAAUGGCAUGUUGAUGCAACCUAUCCAUGUUUUAUAUUUAAUUAGAUUCCUUAUUCAUUUAAUCAAUUAUUUAGUUUCAAGUUAUACUUGGUUGCUUUUAUAUUUAAUAGAUAAUUAUACAUUCUUUUUCAUGAAAAUAGUGGCUAUUAAUGUGAUUUUAAAUAUGAUUAAAGAUUUAAGUGAAUCAUCAAGCUCUUUGGGAUUUUUCACUUCAACUAUGCUGAUAUUCCAUUAAUGUUUUCUGUUUCCCCUGGAUAUUGGCCAUUAGGCAAAUAGCUAUUCCAUUCCAUUCUUCUGGAGAGUGAUCAAUUCUGUAGGAUUAUGGGGUGUUGUGGUGGUUGUGGCAUUCACCCAGAUCAGUAAAGCCGUUAUCUUUUCAUCAGAUAGAAUGUCCUGACCACCUGGAAGUGUAAAUGCAACUUCUCCACAUGCCUUAUUCCCCCAGAUGCGCUAAUACGCUGGAACAAUCUGGCUCCAGAAGUGUUAAUAGUACUUUUUUGAGACUUGUCUAUCAAAUACUAUUUUGUAAGAACUAUGCCUUUAAAUAGACAUUGAUGGGUUAUAUUUGUUUUAUAAUAAUUGUGUACCUAAUGUUCACUUGUGAUUGAUUUUGAGAUUUAUGUAUAUUUAUAAGCCUGUCCUAUGUGAAUUUUUAUUCUAUGAUGUGUGGUACCUUACUAAUAAAGACAUGGAUUUCUAUUUAUGUAAAGUAAUUGUAGCAAUAUUCCUAGAUGCUUCCUAAGUGAUUGUUCUGCCCAUCUGACAUCACAAAUACUCCAAUCUUUAGAGGAUUAUGUUAGAGUUAGAAUAUAUUAACUAGAUUUAAACUUUAAAAUAUGGAUUCUCAACAUGGUUUGAAAUUCUUCAG